CCAACAUGGCGGCUGCGGCGACCCUGGCGAUGGCGGUGGAGCCCAUCAGAACAUAGGAGCGGGGAAGGGGGCACGGUCCGCACCCACGGUGGCGUCGGCGGAGACGGCUGAGGGUGGCGGAGGGCAUCCAAACGACGAAGCGCAAAAGGGAGGGCGGCGGGCAGAGACAAGGCAGCGCGGCGCAGAAGCUAGCUUCGGCGAAAGCCGAGGGCCACAACAGUGGGGAUGGCGGAGCCGCGCAGAGUAGCGUUCAUUAGCCUGUCACCGGUGAGGCGGCGCGAGGCCGAGUACCCGCUGCCCGAGCGUGAGCCCGACUACCCCCGCGAGGCCCCCCGGCUGGAGCCGGUCCGACCCGAGCCGUCGUCGGCCCCCCGGGAGCCGGCCCCCCGCUCGGACGCGCAGCAGCAGCAGCCCCCGGCGCGGGAGAAGCCGCUCCCCCAGCGCGAGGGCAGCCGCGCUGAGCCGCCCAUGGCGCUGCAGAGGGAGCCCCCGAGGCCGGAGCCGCCGCCGCCGCCGCUCCCACAGCUGCCCUUGCAGCCAGCCCCGCCGCGGGACUCGGUCCGGGGAGCCGAACCGUCGCCGCGGCCGCCGCGGGAGACGGUGCGCCUGGAGCUGGUGCUCAAGGACCCCACGGACGAGAGCUGCGUGGAGUUCAGUUAUCCGGAGCUGCUGCUGUGCGGAGAACAACGGAAGAAGCUCAUUCAUACAGAAGACCCAUUUAAUGAUGAACACCAGGAGAGGCAAGAAGUGGAAAUGUUGGCUAAGAAGUUUGAAAUGAAAUAUGGUGGAAAACCCCGUAAACACCGCAAGGAUCGGCUACAAGAUUUAAUUGAUAUAGGCUUUGGCUACGAUGAAACAGAUCCAUUUAUUGAUAACUCGGAGGCUUAUGACGAAUUAGUUCCUGCCUCUCUAACAACAAAAUAUGGAGGCUUUUAUAUCAAUACUGGCACUCUACAGUUUCGCCAAGCUUCAGAUACUGAGGAAGAAGAAAUUACAGACAACCAAAAGCACAAACCACCCAAAGUUCCCAAAGCAAAAGAAGAUGAUAUUGAAAUGAAGAAGCGCAAGCGGAAAGAGGAAGGGGAGAAGGAGAAGAAACCAAGGAAAAAAGUACCCAAGCAACUGGGAGUUGUGGCUCUGAAUUCACACAAAUCUGAAAAGAAGAAGAAACGUUACAAAGAUUCUCUUUCUCUUGCUGCCAUGAUACGGAAAUUUCAGAAAGAGAAGGAUGCAUUAAAGGAGUCUAACUCCAAAGCCCCCUUGACCCUGCCGACCUCCUCUCUGCAGAAACCACCCUGUGCCCCAGCAGCCCUGGGCAGCGAUGUCCAGGAGUUACAGCUGAGCAGUGCAGACCCAGACCUCCCCAUUUUUGUUAGCACAAAUGAACAUGAGCUGUUUCAGGAAGCCGAAAAUGCCCUGGAGAUGCUAGAUGAUUUUGACUUUGACCGAUUACUGGACGCUGCUUCCGAUGGUAGCCCGCUGUCUGAGUCCGGGGGAGAAAAUGGGAACACCACCCAGCCAAGCUGCACCGCCCAGAUGAUGCCCAAGGCGGUGCCCACACUCCCAGAGGGUCUACCUGUCCUGCUUGAAAAACGCAUUGAAGACCUCCGAGUAGCUGCCAAACUUUUUGAUGAAGAAGGAAGGAAAAAAUUCUUUACACAAGAUAUGAAUAAUAUUCUUCUUGACAUUGAAUUACAGCUACAAGAACUAGGUCCUGUCAUUCGUAGUGGUGUCUACUCCCAUCUUGAAGCUUUUGUGCCAUGCAAUAAGGAAACACUGGUAAAACGUCUAAAGAAAUUGCAUCUUAAUGUCCAGGAUGAUCGUUUAAGAGAACCUCUUCAAAAACUGAGGCUGGCUGUUAGUAAUGUCAUGCCUGAACAACUGUUUAAAUACCAGGAGGACUGCCAGGCUCGGAGUCAGGCUAAGUGUGCCAAGUUGCAAACAGAUGAAGAACGAGAGAAAAAUGGAUCGGAGGACGAUGAUGAUGAGAAACCAGGGAAACGUGUCAUAGGACCAAGAAAGAAAUUCCACUGGGAUGAUACCAUUAGAACUUUGUUAUGUAACCUUGUUGAGAUCAAAUUGGGAUGCUAUGAGUUAGAGCCAAAUAAAAGCCAGUCGGCUGAGGAUUAUCUUAAAUCCUUCAUGGAGACAGAGGUGAAGCCCUUGUGGCCUAAGGGCUGGAUGCAGGCGAGAAUGCUUUUUAAGGAAAGUCGGAGUGUGCAUAAUCAUCUUACUUCUGCUCCGGCAAAGAAAAAGGUGAUGCCUGCACCUAAACCCAAAGUAAAGGACUGUAGUCCAAAGAAGGACCAGAAAGCUCCUGCAUCCUUGGUGGCUUCAGCUGGGGGUCCUUCUGCAAGCUCCAGCACACCUGCCAUUGCUUCCGCCAGUUCAAGCUCUGCACCAGCUCAAGAAACCAUCUGCCUCGAUGACUCACUGGAUGAAGACCUUUCUUUCCACUCACCUUCACUGGAUCUUGUUUCUGAAGCUUUAGCUGUUAUCAAUAAUGGGAACAAGGGCCCUCCAGUUGGCUCAAGGGUAGGCAUGCCAACUACAAAACCUCGUCCAGGACUAAGAGAAGAAAAAUUAGCAAGUAUCAUGAGUAAGCUGCCACUUGCUACUCCAAAAAAGCUAGAUUCUUCUCAGACUGCACAUUCAUCAAGUCUUAUAGCUGGUCACACAGGGCCAGUACCAAAGAAACCCCAGGAUUUAGCUCAUACUGGCAUCUCUUCAGGCCUUAUUGCUGGAUCUUCAAUUCAGAACCCUAAAGUUUCCUUAGAACCUUUGCCGGCCAGGCUGCUUCAGCAAGGACUACAAAGGUCAAGUCAGAUUCAUGCUUCUUCUUCUUCACAGACUCACGUCUCUUCUUCCCAAGCCCAAGUUGCUGCCUCCUCUCAUGCUCUGGGAACUUCAGAGGCCCAAGAUGCUUCUUCGUUAACUCAAGUUACCAAGGUGCACCAGCAUUCAGCUGUCCAACAGAAUUAUGUGUCUCCAUUACAAGCAACCAUUAGUAAAUCACAGACCAACCCAGUGGUGAAAUUGAGUAAUAAUCCCCAACUUUCCUGUUCAUCCCCACUCAUGAAGACUUCAGAGAAGCCACUUAUGUACCGCCUUCCUUUAUCUACCCCUUCACCUGGAAAUGGUUCUCAAGGGUCGCAUCCUCUGGUUUCUAGGACAGCACCUAGCACCACUACCUCCAGUAACUAUUUAGCCAAGGCAAUGGUGUCACAAAUCUCCACGCAGGGUUUUAAAUCUCCCUUCUCAAUGGCUGUGUCCCCAAAACUUGCCGCAUCUCCCAAACCUGCCACUUCUCCUAAACCCUUGCCCUCACCUAAGCCUUCUGCCUCACCUAAGCCCUCUCUGUCAGCUAAGCCUUCAGUAUCAACUAAACUCAUUUCUAAAUCCAAUGCACCUCUGAAACCUACUGUAUCCCCAACUUCUCCCAAUCCAAGUGCACUAGUAGGCCAGAGUAGCCACUCCAGCAGUAACAACCCUAUUCAUAAACAGCCCAGUGGAAUAAGCGUCAGCAGACAGUCCCCCACCUUGAAUUUAUUGCCCUCUAAUCGCACUUCAGGCCUUCCGUCUACAAAAAACCUUCAGGCCCCUUCAAAGGUAACAAACUCAUCAUCCACUGGAACUGUUGGGAAGAAUAGCUUGAGUGGAAUUGCAGUGAAUGUACCUGCCAGCAGAGGUAGCAACCAUAACUCCAGCGGAGCCAAUAGGACUAGUCUAUCUGGGGGAACAGGAAGUGGAACACAGGGUGCUACUAAACCGUUGUCUACUCCACAUAGACCGUCCUCUGCCUCAGGGUCUUCAGUGGUAACAGCCAGUGUACAGUCCACAGCGGGAGCGUCAUUAUUGGCUAAUGCCUCACCUCUGACUCUCAUGACAUCACCUUUGUCUGUAACAAAUCAAAAUGUGACUCCUUUUGGGAUGCUGGGUGGCCUUGUUCCUGUGACCGUGCCCUUCCAGUUUCCCUUGGAGCUACUUGGCUUUGGAGCGGACACAGCUGGAGUGACAACCACCUCGGGAUCUACCUCAGCCGCUUUCCAUCAUAGCCUAACUCAGAAUUUACUAAAGGGUUUACAGCCAGGAGCUCAACAUGCAGCAACACUUUCCCAUUCACCUCUGCCUACACAUUUACAGCAAACAUUUAAUGAUGGAGGCCAAAGUAAAGGGGACACUAAAUUACCACGGAAAUCUCAAUGACUUCCCAGCAAGCCAAGGAGACGAAACAUUUAGUUGGCUGAUGGAAUCUACCUGAUGGGAAAGUACUUUUGUGGUCAUAGGGCUGCUGUUUCUGUCGAUGUUUACAUUCUCUCGUCCCAAGCACUGUGGUGAGGAGGAAAAAGAAAACACUACUUGAGCAAAGCCAGGUGCAGGCGGAAGAAAUGCUUUUGUGCAAAGCUAGUGACCUUCGGUCUCUUCUUAAAGACAAAGUUACCACAUUAGCUGACUUGAACGUGACUCAGUUGUCAAACCCACACAAGUACAUAUUUGAUUUUUCCCGGGGGAUGAUGAAAGGUGUUGAGACGAUUUGGGUAAACUCCAUCCAUCUUGGGGGUUGGCUCUGAAUACUUGUAGACAUAAUUGCAUAAAGGCAAUAUAUCUAGAAUUGGGUCACUCUAUCAGGAGUAAUGACCGUGUCUGUUUAAGUGGACUAUGUAGCAAAUUUGCCACAAAAACACUGAAUGACCCUAUGUCUGAUACAGACAGUAGAUGAAGAAAUAGUGUACCCUCAAAAAUCCUGAGCAAACUUGAAUCUUCUCCAGUGUGUAGCAACUCCCCGUGUAAAUCCGUGUACUAAAGAUACUUCAGGAAUGUGAUUUUAGCACAGUGGUAUAUAUUAUUAAAUCAUCUAGAUUUUUUUUUCUUAAGUCAGGAAAUUGAGCCUGUCGCUCUUAAUAGAAGAAACCUAGAUGUUCCCUUUUUGUAAAAGGGUCAAUUUCAUCUUCCAUUUAGAAGCAGGUACUUACUUCUUCUCUUUAGGUGAUUGACUUGUUAAUUCUCAUUUCCAUUUUGGAUGUUAAAAUGUGACUGUGAUCACAUUUUUCUCUUGAAAAAUGGAGAUUUUUGAUAGGGUUACUGCUUUUGUGCUUAUAGCCCUUGCAAGUUACCGACAUGAACUGUAAAUUUCCCCCAAAUUCACCUCACUCCACUGUUUUUUUUUUUUAAGUUAGUGGUACUUCAGGUGGUUAUUAGCUAUUGAUAUAAACAGGUAGAAGUAUGUAUUGAAUACUUUUAUGCUUCUUCAUUGAUCAUUCAGAUG